GGGGGAGGGCCCGGCGCGCUCCGGGAGGCAGCAGGCAGGGCCCGGGAGCGCUAGGACACCGGUCGGAGCGUGGCCAGACCCCCACCCGCUCAAGGCGCCUAGGGAGGACGCGACAUAGUCACAGUGGCAACUUGGAGAGUUGGACGCCCAAGGGACCCCCAUAGUGAUCUUUAGGCCCCAGCCUCAAAUCUUCCACCAUUCCGUGCUGCGGGGACACCAUGGCUUCUGAGGAAGACGCUGGAGGGGAGGCCCUAGGGGGCAGUUUCUGGGAGGCUGGCAACUACAGACGUACAGUACAGCGGGUGGAGGAUGGGCAUCGGCUGUGUGGAGACCUGGUCAGUUGCUUUCAGGAGCGCGCCCGCAUCGAAAAGGCCUAUGCUCAGCAGCUGGCUGAUUGGGCCCGCAAGUGGAGGGGUGCCGUGGAGAAGGGUCCCCAGUAUGGCACACUCGAGAAGGCCUGGCAGGCCUUCUUCACAGCGGCCGAGCGGUUGAGUGAGCUGCACCUGGAGGUACGGGAGAAGCUGCAGGGGCCGGACAGCGAGCAGAUACGCACCUGGCAGCGGGGGGCCUUCCAUAGGCCUGUACUGGGCGGCUUCCGAGAGAGUCGGGCUGCUGAGGACAGCUUCCGCAAGGCCCAGAAGCCCUGGCUCAAGCGGCUGAAGGAGGUUGAGGCUUCAAAGAAGAGCUACCACACAGCCCGGAAGGAUGAGAAGACAGCCCAGACUCGGGAGAGCCACUCCAAGGCAGACAGUGCUGUCUCCCAGGAGCAGCUGCGCAAACUUCAAGAGCGGGUGGAACGCUGCACCAAGGAGGCUGAGAAGACAAAAACCCAUUAUGAGCAGACGUUGGCUGAGCUGCAUCGCUACACCCCACGCUACAUGGAGGACAUGGAACAGGCCUUCGAGGCUUGCCAGGCCGCUGAGCGCCAGCGGCUGCUCUUCUUCAGGGAAACCCUGCUCACUCUCCACCAGCACCUGGAUCUCUCCAGCAGUGACAGGUUUCAAGAGCUGCAUCGUGAUCUGCGCCAGGGUGUGGAGGCAGCCAGUGAUGACGAGGACCUACGCUGGUGGCGCAGUACCCACGGGCCUGGCAUGGCUAUGAACUGGCCACAGUUUGAGGAAUGGUCCUUGGACACACAGAGGAUAAUAAGCCGGAAGGAGAAGGGUGGCCGGAGCCCUGAUGAGGUUACUCUGACCAGCAUCAUGCCCACAAGAGAUGGUGCUGCACCCCCACCCCAGUCCCCGGGGUCCCUAGGCAGCAGACAGGAUGAGGACUGGUCAGAUGAGGAGAGUCCCCGGAAGACUGCCACUGGGGUACGGGUGCGGGCACUCUACGAUUAUGCUGGCCAGGAAGCUGAUGAGCUGAGCUUCAGAGCAGGGGAGGAGCUGCUGAAGAUGAGCGAGGAAGAUGAGCAAGGCUGGUGCCAGGGCCAGCUGCAGAGUGGCCGAAUUGGCCUGUACCCCGCCAACUACGUGGAGUGUGUGGGGGCUUGACCUGCCCUCACAGCCCUCCUGCAACGUUUUCCACCUGGGUCAGCACCCAGCUUAUCCAGGACAGCCCGACCUGAGGGCCAGGAACCUUUCUGCCUCUGUCCCCUGCCUGAGUGAGAGGGAUGAAAUCCUGGGACCCAGAGAAGGGAGGGGCUUGCAUCCAGGAAGAGACUUGUAGGGAAUGGCUGAGUCUAGACUGAGGGCCAGAUGGGGAGCUCAGGAGAUGUAGAGGGUUCCGGGUGCUUGGGCCUCCGCAGGAACUCUGGAGCCACCUGGCCUCUGCGCUUUGGGGUUCCUGGGUGGUAUUGAGGUGAGUAUAGUUCUGGGCUAGCAGCACCCGCUCUUGUGGUUUGUUCUAGUGUGUAUUAAAUUUGGAAAAAAAAACAACAACAAAAAAACCA